AGCUGCAUCCAAGCACCAAGAGUCAAUCCCGCCACCGUUUCUCCUCCAUCUUCAAUUCCCUCUCUGAAUUUCACCAUGUUUCUCCUCCGCCGCGCUGCCGUGAGGGCAUUGUCCACUCCCUCGACUUCGUUCAUCUCGAAGCCGCGGUCAAUCACCACAUUCACGCCUGCAUCAUUCAGGCUACGGCAGCAACCCUCGAUAAGCUUGACGUUCCAGCGACGUUUCGCCAGCGACGACGUGGAAAAGUCAGAGGAGUUCGCGCAGACCGCAAUAGAGGCACCCGUCACAGAAACCGUCACCGAGACCUCCGGGACAGAGACCUCCGCGACAGAGACAUCCGAGACUGAGCCCCAGUCGGCAGUCGGUUCCGCUACCGAGUACGUCCAGGAGAAGGCGAGCGAUGCGCUCGAUGCUCUUGGUCUCGCAGCUGCUUCCAGUGCCGUAGCACCACCGCAGCAAUCAAAUACGCGUUAUAGUAACCCUUUGGCUACCCCAAACAAAGUCAUCUACGUCGGAAAUUUGUUUUUCGAAGUCACCGAGGAUCAGUUGAGGAGAGUCUUCUCCCGCUUCGGCACAGUGGAAGACGUCAGGCUCGUCACCGAUGGCAAGGGUCUUAGCAGAGGAUUUGGUUAUGUCACUUUCGCAGAAAUCAACGAUGCCACCGCCGCUAUCGAAAACCUCAACCAGCAAGUGUUUGAGGGCCGUCGCAUGAACGUCCAAUACCACAUCCAGCGUGAGAGGCCUGCCAGCGUGAGCACCCCGCGGUCGCCUCAGCAGCCCUCCAAGACCCUCUUUAUCGGCAAUAUGUCGUUCGAGAUGUCGGACAAGGACCUGAACGAUCUCUUCCGCGACAUUCGCAACGUCAUGGACGUCCGUGUUGCUAUUGACAGGCGCACUGGACAGCCCAGAGGCUUCGCCCACGCCGACUUUAUCGACGUUAAGAGCGCUGAGCAUGCCAAGGGCUUAUUGGAGGGUAAGGAGAUCUACGGCCGCAAACUCCGGGUCGACUACAGCGGACACUCGACUCAGACUAGAAACCCUACCGCCGAAAGGUAGAGCUUCUGGGGAGUCUGGAUGUAUAUGAAGGUCAUGUUUCUGAUGGUUAGUGGGGGCCCUGGAGCGGUUCAAUCUUUGUGUUACUGUGGUGCCUGGUUGUGGUCCUUUCUACUACCCAAAGGAACUUUCUUGUACAAUUCCCAACCUUCCUCUUCUUUUUGGUCAUUGUUUUUGUCUUGAUAAUAUUGGGUUGUAAAAUAGUAGAGUAUCGACGAAUGAGCAGCAUGGCCUCACCACUCUUUGGGAAUUAGAGUACUGUAGAGGGAUUUCUGCAGAAGAUAAAAAGAAUUGAACUUAUAUCCCAAAGAUCAAGGACCCUUCACUUGUUGGCC